UUAGAAGAAAAAUUAGAGCUUGAUCAUGGCACGUCAUGUAGUUCGCAAGCUACGUCAAUACAAUCAGAUAUCGGUGCAAAAGUGAACAGAUUUGCACGAUGGGUAAAGAAUAGUCUUAAACGUUCUUCAGCUGCAUUUAUGGAUAGUAACACGGAUAGUAUCGAUAGCAAGCACGUGUCACGUCGUGGCAGUACAUGUGAUAUUGCACAUAGUAAGCCACGUGAGAUAGAAUCGUCUAUGAAAGUAUCAACAACAAUAACAGUUGGAUCAUCAUCUGAUAGUAAUGGUUCAUUAGAUGAUUCAAAUGGUGACUUGACCCGUUCCAGUGAACUUUUUCUUUCUUCAGCCGAUGAAAACUUAUGA